CUCAAACCAAAAACCCUGGGGCAUUAAUAAAUAAAACUAUUUAACAAAAAUGUUUGAAGAACAAGAAAAAUACUAAUAAUUAACUUCGAUUGAUCGAUCUGCAAAAUUCUGAGCUCCAAUUGCUGGAUAAUGGCCGCCCCGUUCUUUUCAACGCCUUUCCAACCUUUUGUUUACCAGAGUCCACAAGAUGCUGUGACACCAUUCCAGAUCUUGGGUGGGGAAGCUCAAAUAGUGCAGAUAAUGUUAAAGCCACAGGAAAAGGUUAUUGCGAAGCCUGUGCAUCUGUUCAACCUGUUCUUCAUCCAAGUCUCUGUUGGUCAGCGCCCAUUUUCCAACAACAACACUAUAGGAUGCUUUUACAUGCAAUCUGGUUCCAUGUGCUACAUGUCAGGGUCCAUACAAAUGGAUAAUGUUUAUGUGCCUGAAAAUGAGGCAGGUGUAUGGCAGUGGCUUUUCGGAAAGAGUGUUACUAGCAUAGUUCUCCACAAUACUGGUUCUAUGAUGGGUUUUUUACCUAUAUUUCCGUUUGAAUACCUUGUGCAGAUUGAUUUAGCACUAUUUGGGGGCGAAAUGUUGUGCCAGCCAGAUGCAUUUCUUUGCUCGAUAAAUGAUGUCAAAGUAAAUAAUACAGUUGAUCCGAGGGUGCGCAAUGUUUUGACUAGUGCUGAGGGAUUUUUGAGGCAGAAGAUAUCUGGUCAGGGUCUUGCAUUUAUUGUUGGAGGUGGUUCUGUCGUGCAGAAAAAUCUUGAGGUGGGCGAAGUACUUGCAGUUGAUGUCUCUAGCAUAGUUGCAGUUUCAUCAUCAGUAAAUGUACAAAUCAAGUAUAAUGGUCCAAUGCGAAGAGUUGUCUUUGGGGGUGACAAUUUGGCGACUGCUGUUAUAACGGGUCCCGGCAUUGUUUUCAUCCAGAGCAUGCCUUUUAAUCGGCUCUCACAACGCAUUGCUAGGGCAGUUACAUCUCCAAAUGUGAGAGACAAUCCCAAGUUUUUCUUCCAGAUAGCAAUCUUUUUCUUUCUAGCGUAUGUUGUUGUUGUGUCGUCUCUAAUCUUGACAGACAUAUGAUCUCAACCAAAACCGAACCCCUUUCCAUUUUUACCCUUUCCUUUUUCAAAUUUCUUUACCCACAAUUCAGUCGAGUGUGGCUCAUUAUAUAGUCACAGGUUCAUGAGAUGGAUACAUAUGGUAUCAUGAUGAAAGAUGUAAAGAAACCGUUACAGUUACAAUUUGUAAUUUACGGAUGUUCACAGUACUCGUCUUAACUUUGUACUUGUCUAGUAUUGCUGCUGAAAAUGUUUUUUCUAAUCUUUGGUUACCGAUUGUACCU